GGAGCCGCGCCAGUGUGUGCCUGCGCGUUCCAUUGUUACAGAUCGGAGACCAGAAGGGAGGGACCCGCUUUUCCCGUGCUGAUGCUCCAAGGAGACUCCAGUUCUUCCCCGCAGCCGCCGCCGCCGCCGCAGCAAAAUCUCGGUGCCAAAGAGUCCUCCGGCCGCCCGCCCGCUUUCUCCCGCUCUCGGUGCCCGGGGACUGCCUCCCCUCUGCUCCUGGAGGAGAGGAGCAAAGACAUGGAGCUUGGCAACUUGCACCAAGCUGGGACCAUCUGAUCGCAGCGGCAACGUGGACUGGAAAUUAACAAGCCCGUUCCCCCCUCUUUGCAAAGCCCGGCUGGGCGGCGGGGGAAGAGACCCAGCCUCCUGCGUGGUUGCAUUGGGAUUUGUUCCCCGGUGAAGGGCUCCGACCUGCCCCCAGGGUCCGGAGGGGGAGGCGGUGAAGGGGAGCAUGACCUGCCCGCCGCCUGGUUCCAGGGAGCGGCGGUGCUAAAGGAGGGGACGCCAGGCGCCCGCCGGAGGAAGGAGGAUUUGCAGCCCCAGAAAGGAGGCUGUCCGCGACCAGCGGGGGAUUUUUAAGGGGCCCCUCCAGCUUUGUGCGGUGCAGCCGAUAUUUACUGCCCCGGCCUAGGCUGGGUUGGUAUUUUCCUUUGGCAGGGGGUGGCGGGGUGCAGACCCCAGCCAGCCGCUCGCCUGAAGCCCCGCGCCGCUGCCGGACCGGCCGCUUUGACUCAGGAACUCUGAUGGCUCCGCGGCGGCGGUCGAGAUGCCCCGGGUGCUCGUGGACUCCUGGCGUGUGCUUGCUGGUGGCUUCCCUCUUCCCAGGGCUCCGGGCUCAGACCGUCCUGGUCAAUGACACAGUCUCGGGGUUCAUCGGGACGGACGUGGUCCUUCACUGUAGCUUCACCAACCCACUCCCCAGUGUGAAGAUCACGCAGGUCACGUGGCAGAAGGCCACCAAUGGCUCCAAGCAGAAUGUGGCCAUCUACAACCCCGCCAUGGGGGUCUCCAUCCUUUCCCCCUACAAGGAGCGCGUGACCUUCCGUAACCCCUCCUUUAAGGAUGGCACCAUCCAGCUAUCCCGGCUGGAGCUGGAGGAUGAGGGCGUCUACAUCUGCGAAUUUGCCACCUUCCCAACCGGCAACCGGGAAAGCCAGCUGAACCUCACCGUGCUGGCCAAGCCCACCAACCGGAUGGAGGGCACCACCCGGCCCCUCGUAGCCAGAUCCGGCAAGAUGGAAAAGAUCCUGGUAGCCACCUGCAUGUCCUCCAAUGGGAAGCCGCCCAGCACCGUCACCUGGGACACCAAGCUCAAAGGGGAGGCGGAGUUCCAGGAGAUCAAGAACAGCAACGGCACCAUCACGGUGAUCAGCCGGUACCGCCUAGUGCCGAGCCGGGAGGCCCACCGGCAGCAGCUCAUGUGCGUGGUCAAUUACCAGCUGGACCGUUUCACCGACAGCAUGACCCUCAACGUGCAGUAUGAGCCAGAAGUCACCAUCGAGGGCUUUGACAGCAACUGGUUUUUGAACCGGAAGGAUGUGAAACUGACGUGCAAAUCCGAUGCCAACCCCCCCGCUACCACCUACCAAUGGAGGCUGCUGAACGGCUCGCUGCCCGAGAACGUAGAAGUCCAGAACAACACCCUGUUCUUCAAAGGGCCCGUCUCCUACAGCCUGGCAGGGACGUACAUCUGUGAGGCCACCAACACCAUCGGCACACGGUCAGGGCUCGUGGAAGUCAAUGUAACAGAAUUCCCCUCCACCCCGCCUCCAAACGAUGACCGCAAAUCAGUGGCGCAGCCGAACAUCCCCACGGCCGUGAUUGGGGGCGUGGUGGGCGGAGUCUCGCUGGUCCUGGUGGUGGCCGUGGUGCUCUUUGUGUUGCUCCGCCGCCGGCGUCACACCUUCAAGGGCGACUACAGCACCAAGAAACACGUGUACGGCAAUGGGUACAGCAAGGCCGGCGUCCCGCAGCACCACCCCCCCAUGGCCCAGAACCUGCAGUACCCCGACGACUCGGACGACGAGAAGAAGCCGGGCCCGCUCGGGGGCAGCAGCUACGAGGACGAAGAGGAGGACGCCGGAGGCGAGCGCAAGCUGGGCCUCGCCAACAAGUACGAGGACGACUCCAAGCGGCCUUACUUCACGGUGGACGAGGUCGGGGCCCAUCCGGAGCCCUACGGCGAAAGGACACUCGGCUUCCAGUACGACCCCGAGCAGCUGGACCUGGCUGAGAACAUGGUCUCCCAGAACGACGGAUCUUUUAUUUCCAAAAAAGAGUGGUACGUGUAGCUCGCUCCCUCUCCAGACCCCCACUCACGCUCCCCCCCCCGCCCUCCAGACCCCUGCCGAGGGCCGUUCGCACACGCAUCGCACACGCGCGCUCACAUCCAUGCACGUCCACUGCUGCCCGGCCCAAGGACAAGACUUGAGACACCUGCCACUCACUCGGAGGCGACGGGGGCGGGGAGGGAGGGGCUGGUAGCUUUGCUUAUGGAUCGUUUUUUGGGGGGGGGAGGUUGUUUUGGUUGGUUUGUUUGUUUUUUUUAAUUUCUCCCACCGACUUUGUCCCCUUCUGUGGUGUUUGUAUUGAUCAGUGGCUUCGGUGUGACUAUUUGCUUUAACUACUACUGCCCACCCCUGUAUAAUAUGCCUCGUUUGUGUCUUAGUGUCUCGAAUCAUCCUUCCCCAAAGAUCCCUCCCACUCCAUGCCCCCCGAAACACUGGAAUUUGUUUGUAUGUUGUCUUAUUUGGGGGUGAGGGGAGUCCAUGGGAGGGCAAAAAAAAAGGAGGACCAAGGAGGGGAAAAGCACAAAGCAAUGAAGACCUAGAUGCCAUAGCGGAUGAUUUUUUUUCCCUUUUGUUUGGUUUUUUGGGGUGUUUCCGUUCCCCACAAUGUGCCUGUGACGAGCGAGUCUCAGUGUUAAGCGUGUAAGGAACAAAUAAGAAUCAAAGGAAACUAAGCAAAAUCCAAGGCCCAUGAGGCUGUUAUUGGCACAGGGAAAUGGAGCUGCCGUAUUCCUCCUACCAUUUAUUAUCCUUUUACAGUAUUUAAAAACAAACCAACAAAAAGAAAAGGAAAAGAGAGGGCCAUGGUGAUGCCGCUGGUCACUGCUGGGGUGUCCAUAUUGUUUAAAGACGUGAGGGGUUUUUCGUGUCAGCCAAGGAGCAGUUAAUUUCACCCUGUUUCUGACACGCGCCGUGUCCUCUGCACGUGCCACAGUGACGGGGAGGGUUCCAUGAGACACCCCUGUGCCCUGCCUGCAGACAUGCUGCUGGUUGGCAUGGUGCCACCCAGCCCAGUGGGCGGUUUCUGUAGGGGAGCUCCAACGCCCUUUGCGUUGACUUCAAUGGGCAUCAGGCCGGGCCCUUUGUAUUUAAACUGCUAGGUCUUCGCAGUCAUCAGUUUACAUCCUUCCCCUUUGUGAGAGUGUUGCCAGCCACGUCUCCCGUAGUAAUGACCCUGGCCCUUAUGGCCACUGAUAGCCUGCAUCGAAUGGCCCCUUCGGAGGCUGAUAGGCCAAGGACUGAUUGAGCCGUGUGCUGAUCUCCUCUCCCCCCCUUGAGAUGUGAUGGGGAGCUUGGAGGGAAGCUUGGAUUGCUGCUACCCCUGCUGUUCUGUGGCUAACUAAGAUUUCAGUCUCCAAGGCUGUCGGUCUGACACUGAGGCAGGAUUCACUAGGUGUUUGGUUUUUCUGUUCCUUUACCAAAUGGCUAAAUGAAUGAAAAAGAGAUCUCCGUUUUCAGAGGUGUAUUGUAAUGGGUUUAAUUCUCCCCCGGUGCCAUACACGUGUUUCAUACCAUAGACCUAGCCAUACAGCUGGGCAGCAGAAUGGAGGCUCAGACCCUUUAUAAUAAUCCACACCAAAAUCUCACAUCCAGCUUCAGCCAGACUCUGUUCCAAAGCCCCGCCCCAUGGUUUCUGGCUUGAGCCAGGUACAGUUGGACUUGAAACCCAGACCAUUCCCUUGGCUGAUUGAUUUUGUUCCUGCUGUGGGGAUGGGAAAUCAGAUAACUCGGUUGUAAUUAGGGUGACCAGAUGAGAGGAAAAAAAUAUCGGGACACAUGGGAGGGGGGGUUCCGCUGGUGGAGAAAAAAAAAAUAAAAAAGCCGAGUGCUGCCGGCGGAGCGACCAAAGAUCGGUGGGGACGCAGGACAAACACCUAAAUAUCGGGACAGUCCCGAUUUUAUUGGGAAGUCUGGUCACCCUAGUUGUAAUUGUUCUGGCUUUUCCUGGUGUUUUUUGUGUUUCCUGGUGGAAACACCCUAAGAGUGGCUGUUCUUGGGGUGCUGCUGUCUCUAUCGAAAGCAGGAUGUCCUGGAGAUCUCGAGAGAGACUCUCUCCAGAGGUCCGGCUCAAGGGGUUCAGAGAAGCCAGUAAACUUUAGGGGGCCCGUCCAUCGCUGUCAGGUGAAUCCAUACCCAGGGAGACCGAAUUCUACUCUCACUUCAAGAUAGGGAUUUGGGGAUCUUGGUUUUCUCUUUUCGUACUACUGAGCACAUGCCCCAUCGAAGGAGAUGAAAUCCCCAGCAUCCCUCUGAUUCGGUACCGAUUAAAGGGGCUUUGUAAACCCGCAAACCCAAAGGGAGUCAAGGCCUCAGCCGGUCCUGCCUAGGGAUAGCAACACAGAUCGGAUGAAGGCGCACCACCGUGAUAUGGGACUCCCAGCAUGUGGUGGACACAUGGGGUCCUGGGAUAAAGACAGAGCAGAGGAAGUAACAUUAUAUUCCUGCUGGAUCUCAGUCAGUCACUUACCCUCCUGCAACCUUGCUGUCACCUUGGGUGGUCUGGUGGUUCUGUACUCUGCGGUGCAUCAGACAUUAGAGAUGGGCCCUAGCCAAGUUCCCACUCCUAAACAUAUGGGCUUUUGGAGCCAAAUCUGACUCCAAAAAGGGCCAAACCAAAAUCCCAGGCCCAUGCUAACCCCAAACUCCGGGACAUCCAAACUCCAGCUGCAGCUGUGAAUUCGGUGAAUUUGGCCCACCUCUGAAUGUACCUGCCCACACGGGCGAGCCAGAGCUUCAUGCAAAACGCCCAGGCCCAGUUGAGCUGCCCUUGUGUCCUGGAUUAACAACCCCAAGCAGCAGGAGCCCCCAAUCCACGGUCUGGCAAAUUCUCUCACUGCAGAAUGCUGCAGAGUUGCCUCAGGGUAAUCCCAGCUCAUUCUCAUGUGUUGCUUAUCAGCAAUACACCCUGUUUGCAGAAUCUCUGAUGCAGUGAAUCCCCAGUCAUCCUGUUUCCUUCCCUUGUUCCCUUCCUGAUCGGUUUUCCCGGCUCUCUAGAGCGGGUUGGCGUUCGUCCCUUGUCCUGCUGAGGAGAUCUCUGUUUAUAGCCAGAGGGAACAUGGAUACAAAUUCUCAGUGCUGAGAGGCAGGAGGUUCAGUAGGGUGCAUGGAGCCAGAGCCAGGGCAGCAGGGUUUGAUUCCUCUUUGUAAUGGUUUGUUUGCCCGUAUUUGAAAGUGAUACGUCCCCUGUUUCCCAAUGACAUGGGGAUGGGAUGGAAUGUUCCUUUUGCACGUGGCGUGCAAAUGUGAAGUGAGGAGAUGUGCCCAAACUUCCAUUUGUACGCUCAUGUGUGAAAGCAAAUUAAGUCACCACAACAGUGCAUGCAUCCUUUUUUAGACUUGCGUGUAAAUGUGAACUGACCAGACGCAGGAGGGUGUCUCGUUUGCACACUUGCAGGCGGGAGGUGAGGUGUGGUGUGAUGCAGGGAGCUCCCAUUUGCACACUUAGACGGGAAUCCUGCCCUCUCGUUAAUGAUCCAGAGUGUGUGUUUGUGCAAGACUCUUGCACCCAUAGGCAAAUCAAGGGUGUUUUACAGCUAGGGAGACAGACACAUGGCGAUCCAGUGUAAUGAGGAGCAAGUUUACAACCUUGGGCAGAUCGAGCAGGCUGGCUCAAGGAGAGGAUAGGGAAGUAAAUGUGAUAGAUCGUAGACAGGUGGGUGGCCAUGGGGGAGCAGGGGCUCAGGGCAGACACCAUGGUCAUUGGUAACACCACUGUAGUGCCACACCACCUCCCCGGGGUUAAUGGCUCACUCACCCACACACCCCCUGCAGGGUGUGAUUCAUAGAUUCCAAGACCAGCAGGGACCACUGGGAUCAUCUAGUCUGACCUCCGGUGUAUCACAGGGCAGAGACCUGUCCCUAAAGACGUUCCAGAGCAGAUCUUUUAGGAAAACAUGGCCACCGUCACCCUGGGUAAAUGGUUCCCAUGGCUGAUUACUCUGACUAUUAAAUAUCUACGCCUUAUGCCCAGUCUGAAUUUGUCUAGCUUCAACUUCCAGCCAUUGGGUCAUGUUAGACCUGUUGUCUCUGUGACUACACCAGGGCCAGUAGAAAAGAGGAAUGGGGAAAACAUAUGCAUUGCCACCCCAAACCGGGGCUCUGCCUGCUCGGCUAGCAGCACUCCUCCCCUCUGAACCCCUCCCCUUGCCAUCAGCACGUCCGGUUUGGGAGCGACACCUCAAAGCUGCUCAUUCCACAGCGUGAGGUGGUCCCAGGCACCCCCCUGACUUGACCUGUCCCCAUAGCGCAUCACCGGGGGCAGGCCUGGGCUCUACGGCCAUGGAAAAACCCAGGGCACCUAGCUCCAUCCCCCUCCUUCUCAGAAGAAGGAUGCGUCUGGCUCUCGUUACUGAAAGGGUGACCGUUUAUGGGGUCAGUUAAUUGGACAAGAUUCCCUCAUGGGACCUUAAUUAGCGAGCCUAAACGAUUCGCCGUUAAUCUAUAGCGAGGAAUAAGUUGCCUCAUGAAAUAUUAUGGAUUGACAAUUUGUCUGAGAGCUGCUGGGAUACAAUAACGAGAUCCAUUCCCUCUCUGGGAUUAAUCUCCAGCCCUUCUUCUUGUGUUGGCGAGGGGGCACUCUCCCACCUAAUUAGGUCGAAGGUGGCUGUCGCGGCAGGAAGGUUGUGAAGGGGAGAUGCGUAGGGGACUAAACUGAGGACGCUGUUUGUUGUGCGUCCCGGAGCUGCAUGGGAGCUAAUGGUUUAGGACUCGAGCGACCCACAGACCCAGCGACUCGAGCCCCACAGCCCAGCGAGGUGAGCCUGCCCACGAGACACACCAGAGCUUAGGGGUCUGUUACAGGAGUGGCUGGGGGAGGUUCUGUGACCUGCCAUGUGCAGGAAGACAGACCAGGUGAUCACGAUGGUCCUUAAAGUCUAUCAGUCUGUGAGCUUUUCAAAAUGCCAGUGGGAUUCCGUCGCCCAAUUCCCAUUCCUUUUAAUGGGAGCUCAGCGUCCAAAUCCCCUAGACAGCUUUGCUGAUCCCAGCCAAGGCCUCUCUCCUUCCUGAGACAUGGCGCCCUCAUGCUAGAAUCUGAGGAGACUCUUCAGAGCAGCGAUCUCCCCAUGGCUGCCAAAGGGCCCUCUCCUGCUGGUCCUCUGUGGCCAGGCACAGGCUCUGCUCCUGAGGCAGGAGCAGGCCAUGCUGCUAAUGGGUCCGUCUCUGGCAGCGCCUCCUCCCUUAUUUAGUGAGGGCUAUCGGAGCUGCUUCCCAGACCCCCAGGAGGGAUUUUCCCAGAUGAGAACCCAGGCUUCUUACCCCUGGAGAAGGCAAGGAAGAUACAUUGGGGUGGCCUCCACUGCUGAGUAUUACUGAGGGAGGGGGUCUAUUUCCAGUGGGAGAUCCAGGGCUAGCUGCCCUUAUGGCCAUGGGGAAUGAGUUCCUAGGGGACCGUUUGCAGAUCCAGGGUUUAACACUCCAAUACAGUCCCCUUUCGAACCUUCCUCUCUGUUAACCAGGCAAAAGAGCACAGAUUUCCAUGGAGGCAGGAGACAAGCAGAGCCGCUCUGCCCCUUCCCUUACAGCUUCCUUUCAUGUGUGUUCCUCCUUCCCCUUCCAUCCACAGCCCCUUUGACUUACCCCCAGGGCAGACUGUUGUGCACUAGUGCAGAGGGACUCAGAAACUGCAUUUCUGCUGCUCAGGGGGAGCCCAUUGGCCAAAGGGGGGCAGGAGGCCUUGCUCAGGCGUUUGCCUGUGGCACUGAUUAUGCAUGGUUUCCACUUCUCCAUGGCACUGGCUGAUGGCACGGGUAACUCUAUGCAUCAGAGCCACCCUGCCCCUAAGAGCAGGGCACAGAAAAGAAAGCCCGCCUAGGGAGCAUGGGGGAGAGGCACACUGGAAGGGACCUUUGGGGUAUGUGCAUAGAACCCCGAUCCUUGCACAUCAUAUUGCUCAAGUCUCUGCCCAUGGGGAAAUCCCAGAGCUUGCUAAAGAUAUCUGGGCAGCCCUAGCCAGCCCCGUGUAAGCAGUGGUCCAUGGGAAGUCCAACGGGAGAAGGGAUUGUUAGUGCCAGGCAAGGAUAUGGGCACAGAGGUUACAGACAAGCAGCCCGGCCCUGACAUGGUAGCCCAGGAAUUAUUCUCCAGGCAGUUGCCAUAGAGAAAGAGACAAGUGGGGAGAGACAAAGCAUCUGGGACCCAGUAUCACAAUGAGAAGGUGAGGACAGCAGGACAGGUAAAGAAAGGCCUCAUUAUAUGGCUCGCGGGUCAGGAGAUGGCCUGUUGGGGAAAUGAAGGUGAAUUUGGUCUGAGCUAUAUGCCAGCGUCCCUUUCCCUCCCACAGUGAGCUGCACACAGGCAGACGUGUCUCCUCCUACAAACUAAAUUGAGUCUGUAUUAUUCGUAUGAAAACGCCCCAGCUGUUUUCCUGCUGGGGCUUAUGUCUGGGAUUAUCCAUCACAAUUCACCCCAGUGAUGUUAUUUUCCCUGAUUUAAUUACAAGAUUGUUUGGUGGUUUGUUCCUGUGUUUUUGUAAAUCAUUUUUAUUCAAGCCAGAAAAAACAAAACACAAAACUCCAUCUGAAGUUUUCUUUGGGAAAAAAACAAACAAACAAACAAACACAAACAAAAACCCAAAUGUUAGAGCUGAAUUGAUUGCAGAGACAGCAGGGACAGAGGAGCCUUUCCUGGCUCAGCGUCGAAAGAAACUCGACGACUGUUCAGCACAGUUCGCUGAGCGGGAGAGGGAGAGAGACAGUAUAGCAGAUACCGACGGGAGCAUGAUUAGAAGAAGGGGCCACUGGCUCCUUCGAUCUCACACACCCAUGCAAUGAGUCUCCCAGUCUCAGCUUGCUGGAGAAGGAGGGCUGAGAGAAAGGGGGUGCGGUCUCCAAUGAGUUUUGUAGGUGGGCAGAUCUGUAGCAUGCCAGCAGGGCUUCCCAAACAAAGCGCUGCUCGGAGUUUGCUGUGAAGAAGUGGGGGCUGGGAUCUACUCCAGUCCCAGUUUCUUUUUCCCAACGGGAAGCAGUGCAGGGCAUGGUGUGGAAGUGCUGGCUGGAGAGAUGCUUCGAGCUACUCCAGGCCAAGCAGUAGGAAAUGCUGUGGAAACACUGGCCGGUAGAGAAAUGGAGAGUUCUGCAGUCCCAGCCCACUCCAACAGCUGCUGGAAGAGUAGAGAGUAGCGGGGCAGUGGGGAAUGCUCUAGGAACAUUGAAUGUGCAGCGCUCAUGGCUACCCCAGUCCCUGCCUCUCCCAGCAGGAGGCGCUGUGGGGAACGCUGCCAGCACUGUGUGCACUGAAGCCUCUCCGUAUUCCAGGUGGCUUAUGAUAGCACUUUACCCCUCCCCUGGUUUGUGACUUUCUUUUUCUAUUUUGACAUGAUCCGUAGCGAAUUAGAGUGACUCGCUUUGCGUACGAAUGCGCUUCCCUGCAGAGCACCCCCUUCCACCGAGAGAGGCAGGGAAUGCGGGGGGGGGGGGGAGAGGAUGAGGCUGGGUCAACUUGCUCCCAUCCAAAUCCUGCCUCCGACCGUCAUUCCUAGAACUGGCCCCCCUCUCUCCAAAGGGCCAACCUUGCAGCCGUUACUCAUCGGAACGAGCCCCGUUGAAGGCGAUGGCACAGGCUGAGAUUCACCGCCGUGCCGAAGAGCCAGCACCAGUCCAGGUGCCAUGUCAUCCCUUAAAACAGGGUUUAAGUAGGAUGUAAGCGGAGACGGCCCAGAUCCUCAGUGGUAUUUAGGCACCAAACUGCCAUUGAGCUGAGGAUCUGGGCUGAAAUGUCUUGGGCUGGUCCUCUGCACGGGGUGAAUUCCAUCCAUGAGCAAAGGUUGCAAGAUGAAGCCCUACAGAAGGGGCUUGUUCCAUACAUUUGCACAGCGCGGCAUUCCAUAUGUGAUCUACUUAAGGGUGAAUGUAAAUGUAAUGAAUAUAAGGGGCCAGAUCCUCAGCUGGUGUAAAUGGGCAUCCAUGGAGAGCUGCUGCAGCUGAUCUGACUCGCUCUUUCUUUUCUUUCCAAACAUGGUCCCUUAACUCCAGUGACUUUUUUUUUUCUUGCUGUAAUUAUCAUUGUGGAAUAAAAAACAACCCUAAAAAAAAAAAACCCCUUGCAUUUUUUUGUAAUCUGUGUUGUAAGUGCUUUUGUAAAAAAAAUAAUAAUAAUGUAACAGACUGAAUUUGCUUUUAUGAUUUUUUGUUUUGUUUUCCAUCCUUUGUAAUAAUUUUUGGUUGGGGGGGGGAACGUUUUCAUGGUUCUGAUUGGGGGGGUGUUGCUUCACCCUCCCUUUUACUUGUAUAAAAAAAAAUAGUGGCUCAGCUGUGGAAAGAAAUGUACUUUUUUAUAAAUAAAGAAUUUUAAAAGAA